AUGAGGGAUGCGUCCAACCCUGCGAAUGCGAACCCGCCAAUCCGAGUCGAUAUCCCAUCGGAUGCGAGCCAUUGGCCGGCAGCGGCCAGGUAUGCAGUGUUGCCCCGGGCCGUGGACAAUAUUGAAGCUUCUGACUUGGGUGUAACGACUCGACGUGACGACGACAACGACAACCGACUCAAUAAAAACGCCUCAGUUCCUAGAAAAGGUCGGGUUUAG